GGCCCCGUGUUUUCUCUGCCCAUUGCAGAUAUCUGAGGGUCCCCUGAGGUGGCUUCCUCCCACUCCAAUGGCCUCUAAAAUAGGAGUUCCUCACAUUCCUGCUCCUAGGCUUUCAUAGCUGACUCCCUGAUGCCAAGAGCGUUGGGACAUCUAGACGUGGUUCUGGGUGGGUGACAACAGAGCCCAGACCCUUCAAGCUCUCGGAGUGUCUCAAAGGGGCCUGGUUAGGGGACAUUGAGGCGGAGUCCGGGAGAGGGUGCCCCUGCCCAUCCAUGUCCUUAAAUCAGGCUCAGUGCACUUGGGAAGUUUGCAGCAGCUGGACCUCGGUGGUUGGGGUGGGGUUGGCUCCUCCUCCUGGCACCUGUGGGCCUCAUCCGACUUUUCCCCUCCCCUACCGAGUUCCUGAGCACCCCAGGAUCACCAGUCUACCCGCACCCUGAAGACCUCACUAACCGAGGAGUGGCUAAGCAAGUUUGGCUACCUCCCACCUGCAGACCCGGCGACAGGGCAGCUACAGACACAGGAGGAACUGUCCAAGGCCAUUACUGCCAUGCAACAGUUUGGCGGUCUGGAGACCACUGGCAUCCUGGAUGAGGCCACUCUGGCACUGAUGAAGACCCCUCGCUGCUCCCUUCCGGACCUGCCCCUUGGGACCCAAUCGAGAAGGAGGCGUCAGACUCCGCCACCCACCAAAUGGAGCAAGAGGAACCUUUCCUGGAGGGUCCGGACAUUCCCACGGGACUCACCCCUGGGCCGGGAUACUGUGCGUGCACUCAUGUACUACGCCCUCAAAGUCUGGAGUGACAUCACACCCUUGAACUUCCACGAGGUAGCGGGCAACACAGCGGACAUCCAGAUCGACUUCUCCAAGGCUGACCACAACGACGGCUACCCCUUCGAUGGCCCCGGGGGCACAGUGGCCCACGCAUUCUUCCCUGGUGACCACCACACAGCAGGGGACACCCACUUUGAUGACGAUGAGGCGUGGACCUUCCGUUCCUCAGAUGCCCACGGGAUGGACCUGUUUGCAGUGGCUGUCCACGAGUUCGGUCAUGCCAUUGGUCUGAGCCAUGUUGCCGCCCCAAGCUCCAUCAUGCAGCCAUACUACCAGGGCCCCGUGGGUGACCCGCUACGCUAUGGGCUUCCCUACGAGGACAGGGUGCGUGUCUGGCAGUUGUACGGUGUGCGGGAGUCCGUCUCCCCUACUGCCCAGCUGGAUACCCCAGAACCUGAGGAACCACCCCUCCUGCCAGAGCCCCCCAACAAUCGGUCUAGCACUCCGCCACAGAAGGACGUGCCUCACAGGUGCACUGCUCACUUCGAUGCUGUGGCCCAGAUUCGUGGUGAAGCAUUCUUCUUCAAAGGCAAGUAUUUCUGGAGGCUGACCCGGGACAGGCACUUGGUGUCCCUGCAGCCCGCUCAAAUGCAUCGCUUCUGGCGGGGUCUGCCGCUGCACCUGGACAGUGUGGACGCGGUGUAUGAGCGUACUAGUGACCACAAGAUUGUCUUCUUCAAAGGAGACAGAUACUGGGUGUUUAAGGACAACAACGUAGAGGAAGGGUACCCACGACCCGUCUCCGACUUCAGCCUCCCGCCAGGUGGCAUCGAUGCCGUCUUCUCCUGGGCCCACAAUGACAGGACUUAUUUCUUUAAGGACCAGCUGUACUGGCGCUAUGACGACCACACACGGCGCAUGGACCCUGGCUACCCUGCCCAGGGCCCCCUGUGGAGAGGUGUCCCCAGCGUGCUGGAUGAUGCCAUGCGCUGGUCUGACGGUGCAUCCUAUUUCUUCCGAGGUCAGGAGUACUGGAAAGUGCUGGACGGUGAGCUAGAGGCAGCCCCUGGGUACCCUCAGUCUACAGCCCGGGACUGGCUGGUAUGUGGUGAGCCGCUGGCGGAUGCGGAGGACGUAGGCCCCGGACCGCAAGGCCGCAGCGGGGCCCAGGAUGGUCUGGCAGUAUGUUCCUGCACUUCAGACGCACACAGGUCUGCACUGCCACCUCUGCUGCUGCUGCCACCACUGCUGUGGGGCCUGUGGACCUCAGUCUCCGCCACGGCAUCCUGAGGGCAGUGCUAGCCUUGUGGAUCAAGGAGCCAAGGGGGGCAGGGACACACUGGCCAGUAGUCAGCAGGACUUGUGCUCCAAGCCCCCGGUCCCCCGCUCCUUCCUUCCUUCCACUGAACCCAGGGGUGCUGUGCCAUCUGCUGGAGUGGUCUCCAGCUGGGACAGGCCGUCCUACCAAACGGCAUCCAUGCACCUUUCCUACCCGGAGCAGCCAUAGGCAGGCGCUCCUUCCCUCUUCUGCACAUCAUGCUGCUUCGUUGCACCUCGCCGGGCUACCCACGCCCAGCUGUCACAACCCCGGGAUGCCUUGUCUGCACCUGAGCGGCUCUGACUGGCAUCUGCACUUGGACUGAUGGGGACAAACAGGGGGGACAGUUCCUCGUGGUGUCCAUAGGGGCCACCAUGCCUGUUUCACAAGUGAGAGAGGUGAAGCCCCCCCACCCCCCAAUGGGGAACGUGGUCGGAGAAGGGCACCUACCCAGAAGUCUGAUCCACUGUCGUUUGCAGCAGCCGUAUCUGCUGGUACAGGGGACCAGUCACACUCAGGAUCUGCCCACAGGUACCCAGAUGCUGGUGGCCAGGGAUCCCGCUCCAACCAUCAGGAGUACAGCCCCCUCUCCUCAUCCUAGACAGGCUAGAUGUGGAGGCUGUGUCCUGUUAUCUUCCUCACUGUGGCCAGGAGAGCAUUGUGGGUCUCCCUUGGGUGCUGUUGAUUGGGAGAGGGGUGCCCAUGGAGACUUCUCUUCAUCCGUUAGUACCCAUUGCUUCAGCAGGAUGCCCCGUGGGUAUAGUUCUGGACUCAGACCCCACAGCUCAGACUCAGAGCUAUCCCCUCCCCAGCUGUGGAGGGGCUUUAACAUCUGGAAUAUAAACGUGGGUGUUCAGUUAGGGAAGAAGGAUCAUUGGGGGAGGACAGGGAUAACAGUGUC